AUGUUCCGUAGAGCGGACACGGACAUUUUGGUCCUACAUAGCGACGAAGUGAGACACGAAGCUCUGAAAAGGACUCUCCGUGUUAUCAACUUCUUCUUAUGGCUAAGUGGGGCAUCCGUGGUGAGCACGGGCACCUUCGCGAAUGUGGAUAUGCAGCACUCAAACAUCCUACUCGAAUUGCAAGUCUUCUCCAUCGUGAACAUCCUGCUCAUCGUGUCCGGAAGUGUCAUCGUCGCAUUUUCCAUUAUCACCUGCUUCCAGUACUUUUUCAAGAAGAGGAUCACCCUCUGCGUGUUCACCUAUCUGGGAACCCUAGUAUUUGUCUUGCAAUGUGUCAUAGCUUCUCUUUCUUUCACCUGGAGAGAAGAGAUUGGUGUGUUUGUGGAGAAAGAGCUGAACCGCUUUGUCCUCGAAGACUAUAAGCAGGUGAGCAGAGGUCCAGGGAAACUUCUGGCCUUCGAUCACAUUCAAUCAGCGUAUCAUUGCUGUGGUGCAAACAACUACACAGAUUGGCAACGCAGCUCAUGGAUACAAAGUCGGUCCAGUCCUAAUGACCUGCCCGUCGUCUGCUGUCGGUCCACGGCCAGCAUGGCCGACUGCAAUCUCAACAACCCUGACAUGGUAUACAAGGAAGGCUGCAUAAAAUUCCUGAAGGCGAGAUACGAGAUGCAUUUUCUUAUCAUGGGUAUCGUGGCCAUCGCGGUUGCCUUUUUUCAAUUCAUAUGCUUCCACCUCACAAACUAUCUCAUGUUCAAACUAGAAUAA